AUGAAGUUCCAAUUGAGGAAGGGCAACGCUAGUAGUGGGAAAAAGGGCGAGGGAGAAGCUCAAGUUGUGGCGAGCAGUGGAGGCUCUGCAAAGCAGGCUCUUUUUAACGAGAGCGGGUCGGAAAGUGAAGACGAAUUUACAGCCAAGAUCGAGAGAAAGCGACAAAAAGUAGAAGAAAAGGUGGCACAGGAAAGCCACGAUUGGGACUUGGUUUCAAAAAGAGAAACUACAAAAGAAUCUGGGCUUGAGAAAGCUCAAAAGUCUCAGGGAUCGAAGUAUAUGGAAGGUAUUCUCAAUGCGAAGAAACAACGAGAGAAGGACGAAGCUGAAAAUCGCCAGAAAUUGCUUGAAAAACAAAUUAGUCGUAAUUCUGACAUGGUGGUGUUUGAGAGUAUCAAGUACAGAGAACAGAUGCUUGGUGGUACUGCGCAGGUUAAACACAGAGAAAGUACCGAUACUUAUGGCUCUCAGUCGCACAGCAAUGAGAAUUUACCAGUUACCGAGCCCGAUUCACAAGAUGUCCUGCUGCUGUUACUUGAGCAUAUCAAAGAAAUGAUCAAGUCCAAGGUUUCCCCUGAAGAAUUAGUGGCUUACAAAGAACGAUACUUUCAACGAAUUGGGCAAAAAACUUGA